UUCUGCUUUCAAGGUCUUUGGAAGUGGACAAACGUUUUAGUAGCCUCGAUUACCAGCCGCUGUUCGGGAAAUGAGCCCGCCCUCCUCCCCAAGAGAGCGCCUAAUGUUUUAGCAGAAAGCCAAACAGGCGUAAAGCAUGAAGAAUUUUGAGGGAAUUGAAGCAAAAUAAAUUAUUCUGCUACAGAUUUUUGUGCUGUUUGCCGUUAAAAAACUUUCACGGUUCCUCGGGUGUCGUGUAACGAAAGGUGGAUCCGUGCAAGUUUUUGUCUGUUUGUUGGAUCAGCCCAAAUAACCGAGGCUCCUGUUAUCGCAGACUGUUGUCCUCGCAGUAGUUCUUUGGUGAAACAUUAGUUACCGCCUUCAUUCCGACGAAGCCAUUUUCGCGAUCACUAACCUCCUUCGCAACCGUUAAUCAUGCAGAAGGUAUGUCUCAACAAAAAGCCGCUUGGAAUAAAUAACUAUCUCGUAAGGUUUCAAGGCCAUUUAAAGUCAGGGGCACCCAAUUACGACGUUUUCUCCUUAAAGCAUUGAAAAGUUCUUUUUUUAAAUUAGGCUAUUCAGUGUUCAGAGUACUUUUAGACAUCUCUAGAAAUGAAUUCUAAGCGGCGCUAUAAAAUUUGUAUCGUAUCUGUUCCGUCAUCUUAGUAAACUUGAGGUUUUUCGAAAUGACAAGUGUCAGUGUUAUUUUCCUGAAAAUUUUAGGUGCAACUGAACGGUUAACGAAAUAUCGAAGGCAUUUUAUGAAUUGGGCCGCCUUCAGAAAAUCGUAGGGAUUUUUUUUUCGAAAAUUGUACCUGAAUGGCACACUUAUCUAGAAAUCUUUAGCCGUAUUCAAGUUAUAGAAAAUUCCAGGCAGUAUUUGCUUCUCCGAACAGAUAUUUUACAGAAAACAGUCGUUGGGUGCCCCUGAUAAAAGGAGGCAGAUUCUUGAUAACGGCCACGUAGUGAAAAUAGCUGAUCCUUACCGUGAAUGAAAUUAAAUCGUGCUGCCUGAACGUUUAAUUAUAGUAACGUUACUUGGCAAAAACUGAGAAUAAAGGAAAUUGGCGAAUUGGUGGCGAAUUAAUUUACGUUGUUUGGGUAAACAAAUUGGCAUUUCUGAAAGAGGAUAAACGUAUUUACCUAACUUUCUACGUUUGGAUUUAAAGAUUUAAAUAUAUAAAGAUUAAAUUUGAGGCUCUAAAAUCAUGUUUGCCUUCAUGAUGUUUUCUUAAAGGGCAAUGGACAGUCAUUCCAAACGUGAAGUGUUAGAAAUAUUUAACAUGAAUAAGAAAAAUGUUGUUGCUCGAUUUCUUUCCUUAAACCGGAACCAAAUGGUCGAUAAUUUACGACUUUUCGAAAAAUGGUCACGUGACAUACUAUGUGAUGCUUUAAAGGGCGUUAACUUGUUUAUGUUUGCCAAAUUUUGAUUCAGCGCCAUCAUCUUUGUCGAAGUUACAGCCGGAUAAAUCAUUUCCCACCGGUUAGCUGACUAACUCCAGAAGUCAAGCCGUGUGUAUCGAUGUGACAUUGACGCGGCCAUGUCUUCUUUUGUCUAAGCUUACGGUUGUUUGAAGUAAAUGAAGUGCGCCUCGCGAUUGAAAAAAAAUAGUUAACAUUUAAGCCAAGAUAAGGAUGAACUGACUUAUUUUUGAAGUCAAGUCCUGGGUAUAAGGGGAAAGGGCUCGUGAAAAUCAACUAAUGCCUUCGAUUCUGAUUGAUGCCCACCUAGCAGUUAUUUUGAGUUAUUUCAGAAGAGAGGAAAAGAAAUAUAUUAGAAUGAUUCUAGACCAGUUUAGAUUAAAAAAGUAGGGCCAUUCGAUUCGAAGGACGACUAAAUGUUUUGAUACGUGCCUAAUUUUUACAGCAUAGUGGAUUUAUCAGUGAUUUAUGUUGCGGACCCAUUUGCUUGCGUUUUUACAUUGUUUAUUUUGUUCGGUUAACUUUCUGUUUCUGUCUUUGACUGUAGUAAAUGAGAAGUUCAUUUGUUCACUUGUUUAGCUGUCGCCGAGCUUCUCAAAGAGACCAAGUAUUUACACUGACAGUACAAUAGAACAGAUGCGUAGCUUUACUUAGGGCCUGUUUACAUGGAGUGGGGGACCCCGGUCUAGUGGGGUAGGUUUCUUUUGUUUUGUGUUCCCCAGAGCGUGAAAACAAAAGAAACCAACCCCACUAGACCGGGGUCCCCCACUCCAUGUAAACAGGCCCUUAUUCGGCAGCCCUGAGCGAGGGUAAUCGAAUCCACGAGGCGCGAAGCGUGGAGAAGCCGUCAUUGGAAUUCAAGGGUUCACUGUUAUUAAUCUACUACGGUUAAAGAUGAGUUGAUUGAAUAUGGAUUAAGUUUUGAAAGAUGGAGGUAUUGUGCUGAAGUGUUCUGUUGAGACGGUUUUGUGUUGUUAUACUGUGCAGUGAUUUACGGAUCCGCCCAAACCAUCCGGGUGGUAUGGCAAAUAUAUAGAGAAAGAACAAUAGGGGAGGUAUCAGCCAAUGAGCAAGGACUGACGUCAUCAAAUCUGAUGAAAGUGAUUGGAUAGUGCCUUUUGUUUCUGUGAUACUCGGUUUAUUUAGUAGUAAUUUGCAAUUGAAUGAGAUGAAAUGAGGGACAAUNUGGGGUAGGUUUCUUUUGUUUUGUGUUCCCCAGAGCGUGAAAACAAAAGAAACCAACCCCACUAGACCGGGGUCCCCCACUCCAUGUAAACAGGCCCUUAUUCGGCAGCCCUGAGCGAGGGUAAUCGAAUCCACGAGGCGCGAAGCGUGGAGAAGCCG